UAUGUAAAAAUUAUAUAUUUUAGCACUCUUAUUGGUAAUCGUUACAGCUCAAGAGAGUUUUCUUGAAAAACAAAAGCAUGUUAAAUAAUAGAAGGAUUUAUCAACUGAAAUAUAUACAAUUAAAAAAAAAGGAUUACCAACCUUUUUAGGAAGAAGUUCAGAUGAAUCAAUCAAAGAGUAAUUGUCAUCUCUUUUGAAUUACGAAGAAGCAUUGUUAUUAACACCAACUGAAGAAACUGAUCAUACAAUUAAAUUUGUUGAAUCUAUGUUUAUUAUUGAUCAACCAAAUCCUAAUGCAGUAAGAGCAACAGAAAAACCCAAUUAUUCAUUUGAUGAACCAAAACCAUAAAAAAAAGUUUAUAGCAAUGAAAAAGUUACAUCAUUUAAAGAGGGUUGUAUUUAUGUUUUUAGCGAAUGUAAUUUUAAAGGAGAACAUGCUAAAUCAUGCCCAGGAGAUAAUGUCACAUUUUUUGGAUUACCAUUUGAAAUUUUAUCUAUUCAUGUACCAGAAAAAGGAUCAUUGAGUCUUAUUUAAGAAAAUGGAACCACUGCCUACACAGUUUCCAAUAAAUGUAUGAGAAGUAGACCAAUUGAAUUCCUAUUUGUCGAAGGAGCAAUCAAAUAAUCAUUUGGAAAUGGUGAAACAUUCAUUGACUAAUGAA